UGUGGUUCGGUCGGGCCCGAAGGAAGUCUCCUUGAAAACGAGCGAGUCGAGCCUUGCGAAGAUACAGGUACCGCCCCGUGCUGCGGGCAUCUGGGCGCUCAUCCUAACGGCCCUGCAAAGUUGUCUUGAGGCGCGUAGACUUUAUUUUGGGCUGUUUUGGUGGCCGCAGAGCAUUACUGUUAUAUAGAGCCAACGACAGAGUGGAACUGCUCCUGGGGCCUUUGUGAGCAGUAAAUGGAGAACUACAUUGGCUUCGUUCAUUGGGAGUUUUGGAGAAACGGAGCCGCUGCACAUCUUUGUCCUGCCUGUUUCUUUGUAUGUUGCUUGGCCCUAUCAUGAAGAUUUCUCUGAGCCCAAAGAAAAGACGUAAACCCUCCUGACACGCAGAUAUCCAGGCUUUGGCUUUACUCCUGGUAAUAAGCCUGUGUCUGUUGUAUGCUAUUUCAUCACUCAAGAUACAACAGGGUCUGGGUGGUUUUUGUUUGUUUGUUUUGUAUGAGAAGAAAUCUAAUAGCUCUCUAAAAGGAGUGAUAGGGUUAUAGGUAAAGAAAUCUUGAUGUCCAAAACUUACACAGAUUUCUUACACAGGAGGCAGUAGGGGUGGCAAAGCUGAUGCUUCUGGUGCUAGUGCUGUCUACGUGCCGUUUGAGCUCUGCAGCCUCAGGGAGGAACAAGAAGGUGUGUGCACUGGAAGUCUGCAGUGUUACAGAUGCUGUGGAGAAGGUGAAUGCUAUCAUAGUCAUGUAAAGCUGGAGACCAGAGGAGUGGAUUAGGUAUCAGCGUACCUUUGAUAGAAAAGGAAUGCCUUAAUCUCCGCAGCAGCAAAGGAAGAGAAAAACACAUCGUUCUGAGGACAGAACAAAAAAGGAGAGAUAUCCUUGACUUGCAGAAGGCAUCUCAAAAUGUUGUGUCAAGCCGCUCUGAGCCCUCUUGUCCGUUCCCCUGGAUGGUGCUUUGUGUUACCGCCACAUGCCAUCGCAGCCAUGUCCCGUUUCUAUCUCCCCCACAAUACCCAGAGUUUAAGGAAUGAAUCCAUCCGUCGUUGGAGCAACAUCCCAUUUAUCACCGUGCCACUUAGCCGUGCACAUGGCAAGUCAUUUGCACACCGCAGUGAGCUGAAGCACGCAAAGCGGAUCGUCGUGAAGCUGGGCAGCGCUGUUGUGACAAGAGGGGAUGAGUGUGGCUUAGCUCUUGGGAGGCUGGCAUCUAUUGUGGAGCAGGUGUCAGUGCUGCAGAAUCAAGGCCGAGAGAUGAUGAUUGUCACCAGUGGUGCUGUAGCUUUUGGAAAGCAGCGACUGCGUCAUGAGAUCUUGCUUUCUCAGAGUGUGAGGCAAGCACUUCAUUCAGGCCAAAGUCAGCUAAAAGAUAUGGCAAUUCCAGUCCUGGAAGCCCGAGCCUGUGCAGCAGCUGGCCAGAGUGGACUGAUGGCCCUGUAUGAAGCCAUGUUUACACAGUACAGCAUCUGUGCAGCUCAAAUUUUAGUCACCAAUCUGGAUUUCCAUGAUGAACAGAAGCGUCGGAACUUAAAUGGAACGCUACAUGAGCUUUUAAGAAUGAAUAUUGUCCCAAUAAUUAACACUAAUGAUGCUGUUGUUCCACCUCCAGAACCGAAUAGUGAUCUACAGGGGGUAAAUGUGAUUAGUGUGAAGGAUAAUGACAGUUUGGCAGCACGUCUGGCUGUCGAAAUGAAGGCUGAUCUCCUUAUUGUUCUUUCAGAUGUAGCAGGACUCUUCAACAGCCCUCCAGGAUCUGAUGAUGCAAAGCUCAUUGACAUAUUCUACCCAGGAGACCAACAGUCUGUGACAUUUGGAACCAAAUCUCGAGUGGGAGUGGGAGGCAUGGAAGCCAAGGUGAAAGCAGCUCUGUGGGCCCUCCAAGGAGGCACUUCUGUAGUGAUUGCAAAUGGAACUCACCCAAAGAUCUCUGGUCACGUCAUCACAGAUAUUGUGGACGGGAAAAAAGUUGGAACUUUUUUUUCAGAGGUAAAGCCUGCAGGCCCUACAGUAGAGCAGCAAGGUGAAAUGUCUCGAGCUGGUGGCAGGACCCUGGCAGCACUGCAGCCUGAGCAGAGAGCAGAGAUUAUUUAUCGUCUUGCUGAUUUACUAACCGAUCAAAGAGAAGAAAUUCUCUUGGCAAACAAGAAGGACUUAGAAGAAGCAGAAAAUAAAGGGAGACUGGCACUUCCUUUGUUGAAACGUCUGAGUCUCUCUACAUCAAAGCUGAACAGCUUGGCUAUUGGACUACGUCAGAUUGCAGCAUCCUCACAGGACAGCGUUGGCCGCGUAAUUCGGAGAACAAGAAUAGCAAAAGACCUGGAAUUGGAGCAGGUGACAGUGCCUAUUGGGGUUCUUCUCGUGAUUUUUGAGUCCCGCCCCGACUGUCUCCCACAGGUGUCUGCUUUGGCCAUUGCUAGUGGAAAUGGUUUGCUACUUAAAGGAGGAAAAGAGGCAGCUUAUAGCAAUCAAAUCCUUCAUCAUCUGACACAAGAAGCGCUUUCAAUUCACGGAGUCAAAGAUGCAGUGCAACUGGUGAAUACAAGAGAGGAAGUAGAAGAUCUCUGCCGUCUGGAUAAGCUGAUAGAUCUUAUCAUUCCACGUGGUUCUUCCCAGCUAGUCAGGAAUAUACAGAAAGCAGCAAAGGGAAUACCUGUGAUGGGACACAGCGAAGGAAUCUGUCAUGUGUAUGUGGAUGUGGAUGCCAGUGUUGAAAAGGUCACGCGAAUAAUCAGAGACUCAAAGUGUGAAUAUCCUGCUGCCUGUAAUGCUCUGGAAACACUCUUAAUUCAUCGGGACUUGCUGAGAACCCCGUUGUUUGAUCAGAUCAUAGAUAUGUUGAGAGUAGAACAGGUGAAGAUUCAUGCUGGCCCAAAAUUUGCCUCUUACUUGACGUUCAGCCCCUCUGAAGUGAAAUCUCUCCGCACUGAAUAUGGGGACCUGGAGUGCUGCAUUGAGGUUGUGGACAGUGUCCCAGAGGCUGUUGAACAUAUCCACAAGUAUGGAAGCUCUCACACGGAUGUUAUCAUCACGGAAAAUGAGAAAACAGCAGAGUUCUUCCUCCAGCACGUGGACAGCGCUUGUGUUUUCUGGAAUGCCAGCACCCGAUUCUCUGAUGGAUAUAGAUUUGGACUUGGUGCUGAAGUUGGAAUUAGUACUUCUCGUAUCCAUGCACGUGGACCAGUAGGAAUUGAAGGACUCUUAACUACAAAGUGGCUGUUGAGAGGGGACAAUCAUGUUGUUUCUGACUUCUCAGAGCAUGGCAGCAUGAAAUAUCUUCAUGAGAACCUCCCUCUGCCUCACAGAAGUACCAGCUAAGAUCACUGGGGAGGAAAACCAGGGUUAAAAUGCUUAAUGAAGAUGUUCAGGCUCCAGUGCAUUCUCUGAGGAUAGAGAUUUGCUUUUCAUCUCCAGGAUCAUUGUUCUUAAUCACUGUGCAGUCCAUGGAAUAUGUUGUGAUCCUAUCUGUGACAUACUUGAUUUGUUGCUGCCUUUUGCUAUUUCCUUUGGUAGUAUCUGCAAAUAGACUUUGUUUUUACCAGAGACCUUUUUUGAAACAUACACUUUCUGCUAGGAAAAGUUCAAAUAUCUGCUGCGUUCUUUUCACUCCAUUGUUCCCUCUGGCAAAUGUAUAUGGUGGUGGAGGAGUAUACAUUUUUUUAACCAAGGUCUUUGUUUAGUUGAAACAUUUGUUGUAUUGAACAAACUUGGUAGCUUUUCUUCAGUCAUGUGAUCAUGGCAGCUCUUGAAAGCUCUAAAGCUUUGAUGAUUAUUUUCUUAGUUUUUGAUUACACUUGAUUACUAUGCAUUUGGACCGUACCUUUCACUAAUGUUCUGAUGGAACAAUCUUUUAUAUCUGAUUUUGUUGUAUUUGUUGACAUUCGUAGAUAAAUAACACAAUGGUAUACAAUGUGAA